AUGCCGCUUAUUCUAGGAAAACCUGAAAAUGAGCAGAAGAACAAGCUAAACAUGUCACUCACUCUAAUUGGAGGAGAAAAUGGCCACAAGGCCAAAUUAAGUAGACAACAUACUGUAAACAAAAAAGAAAAUGAUCAGGAGGACAAGUUUGAAGAUGCCUAUGAAAUCAUCCCUGUGGCAUCGUCCAUGAAUCUGUUAUCUUCCUUGGAAGAAUGUACAACUGGGUUGUACUUAUUCCUUAAUAACAGAUUUUCAGAGGCAAUAAGUCUCAUUCAUCCAUGGUCUAAAAACAGCAUAUACCAUGCCCUAAUGUACAGUAUGCUUAUGAUUGUCAGGGCCAUCCUGACUUUUGAUCCACAGGAUAUUGAGACUGGAAUUUCUGUCUCUAAGGAAGCUUUGAAAACCUGCAAUAAUUUCCGCAAAAGACCUAGAAUAAUGACUUUAUCAUAUCUAGUGAAUAGGCAUGGAAUAAAGGCUGUCAACGAAGAAGAAUUGCAUGCAGAAGUCUGUUAUGCUGAGUGCUUGAUCUUGAAGUCCUCCAUAUCAUUUAUACAGGAUGACAGUUUGCUUGGUUUUUUUAAAAGCAGCAUCAGCAUUGGGUCAAGUUAUCAGAUAUACAAAGACUGUGAACAUGUACUAACACUUAUGCCAAAAAACCAAAGCAAAGCCCACAGACACCUGGAUGGAGGAAUAAAGUUUGGACUUGGAGCAUUCAAUUUGAUGUUAUCACUUGUGCCACCGAAGAUACUAAGACUUCUCAGUAUCGUUGGCUAUUCUGGUAAUAGAGAUCUAGGCUUGGCUUUGCUGCAUGAGAGUGCAUCUGAACCCCAUAUAAAUUACAUCUUAAGUGUUUUCACUCUACUCUUUUAUUACAACUAUAUCCAUGUAGCUUUUGGUAUUGAAAAGAUCCCCAGUCCUGCUACAGAAAAUCUUUUCCUAAUCUACCUCCACAAAUUUCCAAACUGUGUUGUAUUUAAAUUUUUUCAUGCACGUUUUAGCAUGUUAAAAGGCAAUUUUGAAAAUGCACAGUUAAAAUUACAGGAGUGCAUUUUUACUCAGAAUGAAUGGAAGCAGAUUCAUCAUCUCUGUUAUUGGGAAAUCAUGUGGUGCCACAUUUUUCUGCAGAAUUGGAGGCAGGCAUUCCACUAUGCCAAUCUACUCUCUCAGAAUAGCAAAUGGUCCAAGGCAAUAUAUAUGUAUAGCAAAGCUAUAUUACUGGCUUUGCUUCCUUCCGAUUUUGCAAAAUCAGUAAGCGAGGACAUCAGCACUCUCUUUUUAACUGUGGACAGCCUGAGAGUGAAAAUUUUAGGCAAUUCUGUGCCCAUAGAAAAGUUUGUUGCUGAGAAAGGUCAGCGCUAUGGUACUACUUCAGGCUGGUUUACAGCACAGCCCCUUCUGGAAUUCAUUUAUGCCUGGAGUGGCUUCCGAGUCAUGAGCAAAAAAAUGGACCUUAUUGCAAGCUGGCUAUCCAUAAUUGACAGAGGAAAAGACCUUUUGCAAGAAAAUCCAAAUGAGGAGUAUGGGACAGAUGACAUCAGUUUAUUAAAUUUGCUUAAAGGUCUAUGCCUGAAACACUUAGGCAAAUAUUUGAAGGCUGAACAUUAUUUCAACUGUGUUCUUCAGAAUGAGAAAUUGUUAAAAUACGACCACUAUUUGGUACCAUAUACUUACUAUGAACUGGGAAUUCUACACUAUCUAAAUGGAAAUUACGCCAGUGCAACCAAAAGCCUGGACAACAUCAAGAACUACAAAGACUAUUCCAUGGAGGCCCGAUUACAGUUUAGGGCUCACAUAGCCCUUGAACAAAUAACAAAAGAGAUGUAA